CCUGUAGUGUUUGUAGUGCACGAUUCUGAAGACGUAUACUACAUGUUCCAUAAUGCUUUUCGGCACUACGUCAUCAACGUGCGUUAUUUCGAAAGUGGUGAGCUGGCUUUGGAUAGCGGGUGCAUUCUUCAGUUUUUUGUCCUCCACAAUCCUCCGAACCAUGACCAAGCUUCUGGAGUGGCUUCUUGGUGUGUCACUGAUUGGCAUUUCAUGGGGACUCGUUACCUUUGACCUUCUUGAUUUGCAGCUGCCUCCCCAGUAUAAAGAGAUGGCAUGGCCGAUGCCUGUAUAUCUGCUGGUGGCGUUUGGGUGUUACUCUCUGGCAACUGUCGGCUACCGUGUGGCCACAUUUAAUGACUGUGAGGACGCAGCCAAAGAGCUGCAAGCGCAAAUAAAGGAAGCCAAAGAGGACUUGAAGAAGAAGGGACUGAAGAUGUGAGAAUUAAAUGCAGCUACUGUUUUUUCUUAGUUUAGUCUCAUUGUUUCUGUUUACUUUGUGCCCAGCAUUUCCCCUACAUUGACACUAGGCUAGUUCUGUGGGUGUCUGCACUAUAAUAUGCACUCAGAGAUGCCCAGCUUGGAUCAAGUCUUUAUUUCAACAUGUUGUAAAUGAUGGUUUGAAGUAUAAACACCUGCACACCUGUGAAUGAUCUAUUUCCAGCUUCAGGACAGGUUUAUUUAAAACAUUACAGGCACAUUCAUGUAUUGUCAAUGGAGAGCAGUGCUAUUUUUGUAAAACUUCUAGUUCAGAGGUUGUAUAUUUGCAUUGGCCGGGGGAACGAAUAUGUCUUUUUUUUUGACCCUGAUGUUUUUAGCACAGUCAGAAUUCUGAGUCAGAUUUAGAAACAAACCCACUAUGUUGAUUCACGCUUGCACAAGGGUAGCGUUUCAGUAAAUCAAAAUGUGUGGAAUAGAAUUUUGAUUUAAAAUGUAUAAUUGAUUGUGUUGAGGCUCACACACUGUUGUCCCUUUUACCUUAAAUUAGGGUUCUAGACAAAUUUGUAAUUGAAAUCCAAGAAAAUUUAAAGGAUUAGUUCACUUUAAAAUGAAAAUUACCC